AUGGGUAUGGGUAUGGGUAUGGAUAUUAGUAUGGGUAUGGGUAUGGAUGGGGAUGGGUAUGGGGCUGGGGGAUACUGGGGACCUCAUUCGGAGAGUGGAAAAGUGACGGGUGGGAGCGGGAAGCCAGCCAGAAUCGAAGUCGAUAGGCGGAUUCCAAGUACCCAGGUAUCCUCCUUAUGCGUUGAACAGGAUAUACUGGAUACUAGACUAAAUGUGUACUGCAGUGUAGAUGAAGAUGGUAAGAUCUUACGAUAUCCAUACCCAUACCCAAGCUUUGUCACUAGCGAGGUCAGGUAG